UCUGGGGUUCCGGCUCGCACGAGAGUCCGAACCACAGCGAGCAGCAGCAGCGUCAACAUCGCGAACAUCAACAACAUCAUCACUACCAUCAACAUCAUCACUACCAUCAACAACAUCACUACCAGCAUCACUAACAUCAACAACAUCAUCACUACCAUCAACAACAUCACUACCAUCAACAACAUCACUACCAGCAUCACUAACAUCAACAACAUCACUACCAUCAACAACAUCAUCACUACCAUCAACAACAUCACUACCAUCAACAACAUCACUACCAGCAUCACUAACAUCAACAACAUCACUACCAUCAACAACAUCAUCACUACCAUCAACAACAUCACUACCAUCAACAACAUCACUACCAGCAUCACUAACAUCAACAACAUCACUACCAUCAACAACAUCACUACCAGCAUCACUAACAUCAACAACAUCACUAACAUCAACAACAUCAUUAACAUCAACAACAUCACUACCAGCAUCACUAACAUCAACAACAUCAUCACUAACAUCAAUAACAGCAGCAGCGGCGCCAGCAGCGGCGUGAGCGUCAUGGAGCCUGAGGCAGUCGCUUAAACUGGAGGACGAGGGAUGCCACGUGGGCGUGGAGACCUGGGCUGGCUUGAAGCUGGAGGUCGAAGGUAGUGGUGGAGGCUUCCAGUGGGCCUGGGGCCAUGCUAGUCACCCCAUCUCUUGCUGUAGUUCUUCUCCUAGCAAGCAGCAGCACGUGUAGAAAAUUCUCUGGCAUGUGUCAUGAUGGGUACUACAAGAAACCUGACAGUCUCCGUCCGGUGCUCGCUGAGCUACAUUGACUUGUGGUUGCGGAACGAAUACAUUAUAAGGUCACGCUCAUUAGACACAGUGCUUGCCACAAAUGAACCACAAUAUCUUGCUGAUCUCAUCAAGGGGCAUAAACCAUCAUGCGCACUCCAGUCAUACUUGCAGCAACUUUUGGCUGGCCAUCAAACAAAGGUGAUCACCGCAUUGCGCGCUUUCGAAUGCACUUCUGCGGCCGUAUGGAAUGCUCCUCCUUCUGAUGUUAGGAAGCUACUGGAGCUGGGCACUUUUAAAUCAUCAUCUAGAUUGAAAACUCAGUCUAGAUGUGCCUCCACGUAGCUUCACACAUGGCAUUGGGAUGCUGCUGGAUCCUUCUGGAUGCCACCCACGCGCCUCAGUCUUUGUUCAGCCUGCAUACGCAUCUCACAUGUUAUCGUUAUAGGAGAACAGACUGCACAUAUGUUCGUGUGUGCAGUGGGAGCGAGUUUCAGACGGCUGCCGGUGAAGCCACAGAGAAAUGCCGCUUGGCCAGUACGGUCCUGGUUCUGGGCUCGAUGAGCCAUUUGUUAGAUUAAUGACUUUGUAGGAUGCGGCGAUUUUGCUGGGGUCAGUAGAGUACGGCUGAUGUAGAUGCAGAGCAACAAUUACAAUUUCACAUUCAUACUGCCGAGACAGGCAACCGCUGUCAGGAGCAGCGGAGUGUAUCGCUGUGUUGUCUCCUUCGUAUUUGUGGAUCGGAGGUUUCUCUGUGUGACGCAUGCCUCUGUGUCUGCGCGACGUGUGCCUCCUUGUCUGCAUGACGCGUGUCUGUGUGACGCGUGCCUCCGUGUUGCCAGCUCCGGUUCUCGGAGCGGGUGACUGUAAACCAGAGAUCGGUGACAUCAGAGUGAAGAUUGAACCGGACGAUGUGCCCGUUCUCAGAGCGGGUGACUUGAAGCAGGAGGUCGGCGACAUCAGAGUGAAGAUCGAACCGGACGAUGGUGGGGAGGGUGAGGAGGGACACUGGGCCUUCGCUCAGCCCUGCGCACAGCGGCUGGAGGUAGAGGUGAUUAUGGAUGACCCCUUUAAUGCAGGUGCACACGACGUGAAGGUCGAGCGUGACUGUAAAGCGAACAUGGACACAAGGACGUUUGUGGACGUCGAGGUGGUGGUGGAUCACAUCGGCCGCUGCGGAGGUGACGUGAAGGUGAAGCGCGAUGACGGAGAGGCAGACGUGAACACGAAGGCAAGGAUGGAUGUUGGGGCACCGGUGGAUGACAAUGGCCAUGGUCGACCUCCUCCAUCGGCUUGCGAGACGGCGUCAGGCACUCGCGUGGUCUCCGGGAGCGAGCGGAGGCCGGUGCUGCGCCCGUGCUCCGUGGUGCUGCGACUGCUGCGCACCGACGAAGGCCGCCGCACCGCGCCGCGCCCUCGCGGCGGCGCCGACGACAUCAUGGCCACGCAUGCUUGCGACCGCUGUCCGUACCGCGCGCGGAAGCGCCGGCAGCUCGUGGCGCACCUGCUUUCCCACACGGGCGAGAAGCCCUUCAAGUGUGCCGUGUGCAGCAAGUCGUUUGCAAGCCUCAGCAAUGUCAGGAAGCACCACGACACCGUCCACCUCGACCUGAGACCGUUCAAGUGCCCGCGUUGCGGCAAGUGCUUUACCUCCCGGACGUUCCUGCGGAUGCACAUGCUCAGGCACACGGGGGAGCGGCCUCAUGAGUGCGCGCGCUGCGGCAAGCUGUUCCGGCACAGGUCCUCGCUGGAUGUCCAUAAGCGCACGCACACGGGCGAGAAGCCCUUUGGGUGCGCCCAGUGCGGCAAGAUGUUCUCCCGGCGGCACCACCUCCGCCACCACGAGCUCACCCACACGGGUGAGAAGCCUUGCAAGUGCACACACUGCGGCCGCACGUUCUCCCACGCACACAACCUCAAGACCCACAUGCGCCUCCACACGGGGGAGAGGCCACACGCCUGCUCGUUCUGCAAGAAGACGUUUACCGAGACGGGCACCUUGAAGAAGCAUCUGCGCGUCCAUACGGGCGAGAAGCCCUUUCGCUGUUCGGAGUGCGGAAAGGCGUUCGCGCUGGCAACCAGCCGCAAUAUCCACGUGCGCAAGCACACAGGUGAGAAGCCCUACGGCUGCCCCGACUGCGACCGCGCGUUCCCCACGUGCAGUGCAAUGAGGAACCACCAGCGGAAGAUGCACAACAGGACGGAGGGAGCACCACGCGUGUGCUCAGUGCGGUAGGAAGUUAACAUGUCUGGGCCACCUCAACAUGCAUGAGCGCAGCCAGGAGCGGAACAAGAAGUGCCACUGCCCAUGACAGGAGAGCUGAGGUCGCGGUGCAGGGCGGCCGGUUUAGCGCUGCGCUUGGCCAGCUCACAGAGCCGUGGCGCAUCCACGAUCUGUUCACACUAACGUGCGGUCUCCAUUGAUAUCGUCACUUGUGUAUGACAUUAAUUACAUUCCCUAAAAUAAUAAAUGAAUCACACCUGCGGCAGAUAGCCCAUAGGUGUCCACUGCACAAUUCUUCAUUUUUCUUGGUUCUUUCGGUAAAGUCACGUAGACUUUACGAAAAGAACCAAGAAUAUGAAUCCCUGCAGUCACGAAAGCUUUAAAUCGAAAUUUUUUUUUUCAUUUGUUUCCACUUUCCUCUGUCUUGUGCCAAUAUGCUGAAGUCGUGCCACAUAUUUCUGGCACCAAUCCCUUAGGUUGUCGUCAAGCCAUUCUGUAUCAGGUCUUCCUCUCUUUCCACUUCCUUCCAUUUUUCUGAACAGCACAUUUAAAAUGUUCCUGUUUCCCAUCCUAUAUGUCUAAAUAGUGCCAGUUUCCUUCUCAUCACUGCCUGCAUCAUCAGGUCGGCGUCUUCUAUGUGCAUCCUUUUUCUUACUUCAACGUUGGUCACUCUUUGGAUCCAGCUUAGAUGCUGUUUCCUUCUGUAGCGAUACAUUUCAAAUGCCAAUGUCUCAACAAAAGCAUAAUAUUAACUAUAUCCGUAAGGGAGGAAAACAAGUGAGAAGAAACCGGGAAGAGGAAGACUGAAGGGACAAGGUAGGGGACUACCGAAUAUAAUGGAGAGACACUUCUACAGCAGAGCAGUCACCUCAACAGACAGGAGGUUGGGUUCAGAGAAAGAGGAAAAGACCAAAGGCCUUGGCAACUGGGGUCGGCUGGAGUAGCCGCACCACACGGGUGUCUGAAUAAACUCACGACGCAGUCCUUAAAGAGCCGCAUGCGGCUCCCGAGCCAUAGGCUCCCGACCCAUGCCCUAGCCACACUGCUCGCUAGAGCCAUCUUAGCACGGUCCUCAUGGAUAGGGGGGAGAAAAUCCUCGACGACUCCGGUAGGGAUCGAGGACUGAUUGCCUUCGUUUAAGGGCUGCUGCCCCCCCUCCCCACUGAUCCAUCAUCCUCCUGCGUUUGGUUCGUUCAUUCGUGUUUGAUUUUGUGUGUUGUGCUAGGCAUCACACACACACAAUACAAAGACAAAUAUCCCCUGUAUAAUGUGAACAGAUUGUUGGGGCAAGUGCUGUUUAGGGAGCAGCACCUAUGAAGGGCCUGCAUGGCAUACGAGAGGGUGGUGUCCAACACCACGCCCGGUCGCCACUGGGGAGUCGACCUAGGGCAGGAUACCCAAGACCGGUUAAGAUCAUCACCGGUGUUGGCCGUGAGUGGGAAUUGAACUCUGGUCGCCGGGUUCGUAUCGCAGCACGCAAACUGCUACACCACUGCUCCCCCACACUCUAUCACUGACAACACCCUCCCUCCUACCUGCCCCACCAGUCACACCCUCGCUCAAUCAACACGCAGUCGCCGAUUACUACCCCGUGAGUCACCGAACCUCCACGACACUCUACACCCUCACUCAUUUGCCUCUCCCAACAUUCCGUUGUGUCUCUUCCACUUAAUCAGAAUGUCCUUAAACUAGAGGGGAGAAAUCCGAUGAGCUGUAAAGCUCUCUUUCACACAUGUCCAGUAGGGGCACGGGGUCAGAAAGUUACAACAACAGUACACACAAACACGAUAGGAGUGCAAAAUAUAGGAAAGGUAAUCAAAUCACUUAAAAAAUAAACCAUUUGUAUUUUUCCAGGCAAGGCCCCAAUGAGCUGUUAGAUUAUUUUUUUUUUGCAAAAGCGACCUCACAAAUGAUAGCUCAACGAAGUGGCUUAUCACGUGGACAUUUGCAGCAGCAGCCAAAUACAUAUACAUAAUCUAAACGCACGUUUCAUUCUAUAAUGUGUGGGACCCUGAAGGUGUUAUUCUCCUACGUGUUACCCCUAAAAGUUAUCCCUCGUAUUACCCAUCACGUUGCCAAACCCAGCACCAUACGCUUCGCCUUACCACGUUUAUUUGUAUCAAUAAAAUACUUCCGGUUAACAAUGGUAAUCGGUAAAAGAGCUUAAAAUGUAAUUCUCAUCAGACCCCAUGGUGUAUGUAUGUACUUUAUGUUGAACUUAUUUCGUACCGUACCCAGCCAACCGUGCUAAUCGGAGGUGUGGCGGAAGAACAGCAAACUAAACACAAUCUUGAUUUCAAGCUUUCGUGAGUGCAGGAAUCCAUACUCUUUGGUUCUUUCGGUAAAGUCACGUAGGUAUAAAAUUUAAAAAAAUCACGACGUUUCAGGCGCAACAAUUGGGGCGUCCAUCAAAGCAAGCUUUCCCACCUGAUGAUGGACGCUUCAUGGACGCUUGUGUUACGCCCGAAACGUCGUUAUUUUUUUAUUUAUACCUACGUGACUUUAUCUUCUUGGUUCUUUCGGUAAAGUCACGUAGAAGGGAAGUAAUAAUAAGUAAUAAUAAUAAGUAAUAAUAAAAAUAAAACAUAUUAUGUUUUAUUUUUAUAAUUUUAUUACUUCCCUUCUACGUGACUUUACCGAAAGAACCAAGAAGAUGAAUCCCUGCAGUCACGAAAGCUUUAAAUCGAAAUUUAUACGUGACUUUACCGAAAGAACCAAAGAGUAUACAAACACAGGCAGUUCUAAAUAAAUAAGUUCUCAAUUUCGAUGAGUUUCAGGGCAAUAAACGGCUGUAAAGUAAAACAUGCUUUUAGAUUAUUUAUCCGCAACUAUACAUUUGCACAAGGCCAUAAUUAUAAUAUAUAUUGGGGGGACACAUGCACAAAAUGUCCCCCCCCCCCCCCCCCAAUAUAUUGCUAUAAAAAUUGUUAUUGCGAUGCUAUGUAAAUGAAAACACAAUUUGCUAAACUUUGGCCACAAUAUCUGGACGUGUCUUCAUAUAAAUCAAUGCAUAGAUUUAUGUUUAUAUGAUUGUGGUUAUGGUUGUACUUUAUUAAUCCCUAAUCUCUGCCAUUACAUACAAUGAAACAAGAAAUGGUAAUAAGUAAAAACAGCAAUGUAAUACAAUACACUAUUAGACAUUGUCAAAAAAGAAAUAAAAAGUCCAUCCCAUGUGUUAGUGAAUUUUUUUUAUAUUUUAGGCAGGAGAUGAGUUUUCAAAUGUAGAUAUUUUCUGGGUUGGGACCCCCAGACCCCUGGAAAAAAAUAAUAAAAAUUUGUAUUUAAUAGUUGUGUUUGAAUCCUACUUCUAACACUGACUCUACCCUGCCAUGUAUGUUGAACUUCUUUCACACCGUACGUAGCCAACCGUGCUAAUCGGAGGUGCGGUAAACAACACUGACCACCACACCGCCAACACUCACGCUGACUUUGGCAGAUAUGAUUUUACGUUACGAUUGUGCUGGACAAAACUGCCGAGAGAUAUAUCAUCCAGCGUAUAAGAAUUCCUGUGGCGUCAAAGAAAAGUUAUUUAUCUCUGCUCAGAUGAGCAUCGAGGCAUUGCCGCCCAUCUCCCGUUGACAGCCCUGCAGAGCCAGCAGUGGAAAAUCCACAUUCCUAUGGCGGGUGGAAGUGAGGGGGGGAUUCUCUUACACAAGAGGACGACCACUGCCGAUGCCUCAAAGUGGUACUCGGAAUCAUCUAUUUCUACUGGGUGAAUCCGAUGAGCUAUAAAGCUAUUUUUCACAUGUCCAGGAGUUCACAUGUUCCGGAGGGAGGGCUGAUGAUGGGCUGCGUCAACCUCGCAAUCAGCAGUUGUUGAACUUGCAACCCUCCCGAUGCGUGAGCCGCCCUGAGUGAGUCCGGUGGACCGGCAGUGCCGGGUCGGUGGGUGGGUGAGUGAGUGAGUGGGUGAGUGAGUGGGUGAGUGGACAGGC